AUGAACGGGCUGGCCCGGCCCAAGGACGAGCGGGGACAGGAGCUGGUCAAGACGGGACAGAGCAGCGCCGGGCCGGCCACCAAGCCACCAAAAGAUGCUGCCCGCAAGGCCUGGAUCCUGGAUCCCUCUGGAGACUAUUACUCCCGGUGGCUCAACGUCAUGGUGGCCCCCGUCAUGUACAACUGGAUCAUCCUCAUCUGCAGAAGGAGGCGUUCCAGCAGCCAACCAGGGUUCCUGGAACAAGGGAUCCUGAUUGGCGACCGGUCCCAGAUCUCUCGGGGCUACGUGCGCUCCUCCUGCUUCCUCUGGGACCUCCUCUCGGUGCUUCCCACGGACCUCUUGUACCUGUGGCUGGGCGUGGGCGUGCCGGCGGUCCGGGCCAACCGCUUCCUCCGGACCCCUCGGCUUUUCGAGGCCUUUGACAGGAUCGAGACCCGCACGGCCCACCCCAACUCCUUCCGCAUCGCCAAGCUGAUGUUGUACAUCUUCGUCACCAUCCACUGGAACAGCUGCAUCUACUUCGCCCUCUCCAGCUUCAUCGGCUACGGGGCGGACGAGUGGGUGUACCCCAACACCAGCGUCCCCGGCUUCGACACGCUCGUGCGCCAGUACCUCUACAGCUUCUACUUCUCCACGCUCAUCCUGACGACGGUGGGUGACACGCCGAUGCCCCACCGGGAGGAGGAGUACCUCUUCAUGGCCGCCGACUUCCUCCUGGCGGUCAUGGGCUUCGCCACCAUCAUGGGCAGCAUGACCUCCGUCAUCUCCAACAUGAACCAGGCGGACGCCGCCUUCUACCCCAACUACGACCUGGUGAAGGGCUACCUGCACGCGCACCGCGUCAACCGCCGGCUCCAGAACCGCGUGGUCCGCUGGUACCAGCACCUGCAGAUGGAGAAGAAGAUGACCAACGAGCUGGCCAUUCUCCAGCACCUGCCCGAGCGCCUGCGAGCCGAGGUGGCCGUCAGCGUCCACCUGCCCACCCUCCGCAAGGUCCAGAUCUUCCAGAACUGCGAGCAGAGCCUGCUGGAGGAGCUGGUGCUGAAGCUGAAGCCGCAGGUCUACAGCCCCGGAGAGUACGUCUGCAAGAAGGGCGACAUCGGGAGGGAGAUGUACUUCAUCCGGGAGGGGCAGCUGGCCGUGGUGGCGGAUGACGGGGUGACCCAGUACGCCGUCCUGGGAGAGGGACUCUACUUUGGGGAGAUCAGCAUCAUCAACAUCAAAGGGAACAAGUCGGGGAACCGGCGCACGGCCAACAUCAAGAGCAUCGGCUUCUCGGACCUCUUCUGCCUGUCCAAGGAGGGCCUGAGGGAGGUGCUGGCGGAGUUCCCCAACGCCAAGUCCGUGCUGGAGGCCAAGGGCCGAGAGAUCCUGCUCAAGAUGGACAAGCUGGACGUCAACGCGGAGGCCGCCGAGAUCGCCCAGCAGGAGGAGGAGGAGCGGCGGACGGCUGCCCUGGAGGAGGGCCUGGACGCGCUGCAGACCAAGCUGGCCCGGGUCCUGGCCGGGCUGGAGUCGAGCGCCUUCAAGAUGGCCCUGCGCCUGGAGCGCCUGGAGUGGGAGACUCGGGACUGGGGGGACGAGGAGGGGGAGGAGGAGCAGGAGCCGAGCAGGGCGGAAAGCACGGAGCCAUAG